AUGGUGGCGCGUGCAUCUCUUCCGUGCAUUCUCCCUGCCCUGGCCUUCUCGCUGGAUAUGUUUGAAAAGACCAAUCAGAGUUACGGCGUCAAUGAAGUGCUCUUAGCCUCGGUUUUGGGUGCGGUGGUGUUUGCUCUUUUCGCUGCUCAGCCCUUGGUCAUCGUGGGUGUUACAGGUCCUAUCACAGUUUUCAAUUAUACCGUCUAUGAUAUUAUCGCUCCGCGGGGAACACCUUAUCUCGCUUUUAUGUGCUGGAUUGGAAUCUGGUCCCUUAUCAUGCAUUGGAUUCUUGCCAUCACCAAUUCCUGUAAUGGAUUGACGUAUGUCACGCGGUUCUCAUGUGAUAUCUUUGGAUUCUACGUUGCCUUUAUCUAUCUUCAGAAGGGAAUCCAGGUCCUGACGAGGCAAUGGGGAGCUGUUGGGGAAACGUCCGCUUAUUUGAGUAUCAUGGUCGCCUUGCUGGUUCUCAUGAGCGGCUGGAUAUGUGGAGAACUUGGGAAUAGCAGCCUGUUCCAGCGUUAUGUGCGGAAAUUCCUGGAGGAUUACGGUACGCCGUUGACCAUCAUCUUCUUUACCGGAUUCCUACAUAUUGGCCAUAUGAGAAACGUCGAAGUCGCUACAUUACCUACCAGUAAAGCGUUUUUUCCAACCGCUGAUCGAGGAUGGUUUGUGCAUUUCUGGGAUAUCAGCGUUGGGGAUAUCUUUCUUGCAAUACCGUUUGCGUUGCUUCUCACGAUUCUCUUCUACUUCGAUCACAACGUCUCAUCCCUGAUCGCUCAAGGAACCGAGUUCCCUCUCCGGAAGCCCGCCGGCUUUCAUUGGGACCUGUGGUUGCUUGGGCUGACAACUUUUAUUGCCGGACUUCUGGGCAUCCCAUUCCCCAACGGACUUAUCCCCCAAGCGCCGUUCCACACAGCAGCCCUUUGCGUGACGCGGGACAUUGCGGACGAAGACGAUACCAACAAGGGCAAAUCUGUUCGUAUCACGGAUCACGUUGUCGAGCAGCGAGUCAGCAACCUCGCUCAAGGGCUCCUGACCCUGGGCACCAUGAGUGGUCCCCUGCUCAUCGUCCUGCACCUGAUCCCGCAGGGCGUUAUGGCUGGGCUCUUCUUCAUCAUGGGCGUCCAAGCGCUACAAGGGAACGGGAUCACGCAAAAGCUGAUUUUCCUGGCCCAAGACCGAAACUUCACCUCGCCUUCCAACCCACUGAAGAGACUCGAGCGUCGUGCCUCUAUCUGGGCAUUUGUCAUCUUGGAACUGAUUGGCUUCGGUGGCACCUUUGCCAUCACCCAGACAAUUGCCGCCAUUGGAUUCCCCGUCAUCAUCUUACUUCUCAUCCCUGUACGAGCCUUCCUCCUGCCCCGAUGGUUUACCCAGGAAGAACUCUCUGUGUUGGACGGGCCCACGGCCAGUCCAUUUACCAUGGAGAGCGUCGGAGGCACACAUGGACUGGUGGAUGUCGCUCCUGUCUCGACCGGACUAGACGAUGGCGACCUACCAAAACAACAACCAUCUCACACUGGCAAUACCUCAGUCAUGAUGCGUCGUGACAGAAGCUCGUCUUCUGAUGAGUCGCCGAUCGAUGGCGACCUCGAAUGCGGAGAGGCCUACAAACUGCAGACAAGAUCGUCUGUUCGUCGACGGAGCACAACUAGCAGAGUUGACUGA